CACCUUAAAUAAAUACACUUGCCACUUUUAAGUGUAGUAUAAAUAAAAAACCAACAUUCAAACACUCAAACCACACACACCACUGCACUGUCCACCACAAACACCAACCUCAACAAACAGCAAGGUCUCAUCAGAGCAUUCCGACACCAGAUCACCAAACGCGGGCACGUAAAUAAAGAGCAGAGCUCUGAGAGCCCAAGAGCAGAGAUCAAACCACCGCAAGGCGCAAGAGGACUUAACGAGGAAGAGGAAGAUCAAAGUCUGGGCAUUGUUGCAUUUGCGGUUGCGGCAAUGGGGAGCGCCAGCAGGAUCAUGAGGGCGGCGCUGCACGCCUUCUUCACGCACUACCACCCGGCGGCCUCGUCCGCGGCGCUCCUGGCGCUCCCCUUCUCCGCCGCCGCGCUCCUCUCGCGCUCGCCGCCCCCUUCGCUCCUCCUCCUCCCGGCGCUCUCCCGCCGCCUCCGCCGGGUCCUCGUCGCCGCGGGCUUCCCGCCGGCGUCGCAGCUCCUCUUCCUCCUCAACCACAAGCUCUCCCAGUCCGCAUUCUCCUUCCUCGCCACCCUCCCCUUCUCCCUCUCCUUCCUCCUCCUCUCCAAAUCCUGCGCCGUCCGCGCCCUGCAGCCGGCAAAGCACCACCAAAAUCAGCGCACCUCGAGCUACCCGGCCAUGGCGCGGACGCAGCUGGCCAACUACGCGGCGCUGCUGCUGGCCAACCUGGCUGUGUUCGCGGCGCUCCUGGCGGCGUUCAACGCGGCGGAGGCGCUAGGGCUGGGCGGCGGCGGCGCCGGCGAGGGGCGGGCGGCGCUCGCGCUCUCCGCCGCGGGCGUCAUCGUCUACUCCGUCGCGCUCGCCAACGCCGCCGCCGUCUGCAACCUGGCUACGGUCGUCGCCGCCGCCGAGCCCGGCCGGGACCGGGGCGGCUGCGGCGCCGUGCUCAGGGCAGCGCUGCUGCUGCUCGCGCGGGGCGGCGGAGCCGACGCCGCCACCGCAGUCGCCGUCGCGCUGCCGGCCAGCCUCGCCACCGCCGCCGUCGAGGGGCUCUUCCAGCUCAGGGUCAUGAGGCUGUACAUGGCCGACGGCAGGAUCACCUCGGCCAUGGUCUGCGAAGGGCUCUUGAUCGCCUACAUCCACUCCAUGAUCUGUGUCCUUGACACCGUCGUCACUUUCAUUGUCUACCAGACCUGCAAGGCCACCCAUUCUUGCCAUCUGCUGGACUUGGAAGAGAAAGGGGAUUUCAUAGCCUGAAUUUCCUCCGAAAUUUCAAUUCCAGUACUAGAUUUUAGAGCAGAAACUGCUCUUUGUUUUCUGAGUUUUUAGAUUUUAUCCUUGUGUCAAUUUCUGAUUCUGGGGGCAGAGAUGCUGUUAGUGUUAGGGAGUGCAUCAGGUCCAUCAGAUGGCUAAGUUGGAUCAAUCUGUAAGUAAUUGGAAAACCAGAAUCAAACUAUAAAAAGAUUUGGUACAAUAUGAUUAUAAUAUACGAUUCAGAAUCUGGUUAAACUAA